UUUUGCAAUCUCACAUCACAAUGGGCAACUUCUUCUUUCUCCGACAUACGGAUUGAUGCCACUUAAUAAUAAAACCGUUAGCAUAUAGUACUGGGAAAACAUUUAUCUCAGGGACAGAUAGAAAGACACAGCCGGUGAAAACAUACUUCAGCUUUGAAAUAGAACCUUAUAUACUUCUGAAGAAUCAACAAUAGGGACGAUUGGCCGCUAGAGGAGACAAAAAAAUCAGUCCACGUUGUAACAAAGGUACAUCCAACUACUGAACUUCAUGUCAAAAUGCUCCUGGUGAGAUGUGGCUUUCUCCAUUCAAAUUUUAUUACAAUUGUGCUCUUAAGCACGUUCUGCAAAGACAGCAACUCACAGUUUGGACCCAAAAUACCAAAUAUACCAAACAUACCAGGACUUACAAUAAAUGCCCCGAGAUCGGUCGUAGUGCAACGCAACUUGUGUGUGCACAUUCCAUGCACUUUUCAAAUCCCUUCAUUUUAUACUUUAUCAAGGACUGCUCAAGGAGCAUGGCUGAAAGGCGAUUACUUGCAACAAAAUGUUGUGGCUCGGAAGGAUGGCCUAGAUGAUCCCCAAGACAAAUAUCCACGAUUUUUUCUCACCGGAGAAGUGUGGAAAGGAGAUUGCUCUCUAAGAAUUUCAGACGCAAAAUCAGAGGAUGACAGUUUGUACACAUUCAGACUGGAAGAGAAAGGAGUCCAAAUUCCUUUUGUCGAUGUCAGCCCCAAAGUGACAGUGACGGAUUUAACAGACACUCCGGAAAUCUCCACUGUAGGGACUUUGGUCGCUGGUGAGUGGGUGACUCUAACCUGUACAAGUCCUGGAAGAUGUUCUGGUGAAGCUCCUAAAAUAACCUGGGAUGGAACAAUUGUUAGAAAAGCCAUGGUACACGAAUAUACCAUUAAUAAUGGAGAUGGGACCAGAACCUACCACUCCAACCUCACAUUUAGUCCAUUCAUUAAAGACAACCUGGAGAAACUACACUGUAAAGUGACUUUUGCAGAUAAUCUGACUUCUAAAAGUGAAAUCAUCGAACUGGAGGUAAAAGUUUGCUCUUCUAUGGAUUCUAAAGUUAUUGCUGGGAUUAUAGGCGGGAACAUCAUUAUUCUGCUCCUAGCUGGUUUGGGUGUUCUUCUUUUUAUAAAGCGACACAUGAAGAAUGCAGGAAGCAGACAUCAUGAAGGCAAACCGCAAGGAAGUGAAUCUGCUUAUCAGGAUCUUCAGAAGCCAACAAGCUCCAUCUAUCACACCGUCAUAAGAUCACAGCAAUAAACCUAAAAGGCCAAACAAUUUAA